AGGCCUUCAUCGCGGUCUGGCGCGAGACGCCCGACGCCGAGGCGCGAGGCAGGGCCCUCGGCGCUCUGCGCAGCUGGUGCGCCGAGUCGCCGGAGCUCCGGGAGCGGGCCGCGGCAGACGGCAUCGACCCCGCCUGGCUUCACGGCUUCCAGACACAAGAGAAGUCAGGAAGAAGUUCGGUGAAGGAGGCCAAAGAGGUCAGCAUAGUCUCGCCCGUCGUCUCGACGAACGACGCGCAGUCGAGCCCGGAGCCUCGCCCCAGCAACAAGAGCGAGAAGUUGGCCCUGCACAUGGCAGCGGCGAAGCGCGUGGCGUCGCAGCACCCUCCAGAUGCAGGGUGACUGAGGAGCCUGCGAGCCGGCGCGGAGGGGCGGCAAGGCAUCGGGUAAACGCGCGCGGCCGAUGCCUGAGAA